AUGGCUGCCCACGUUCAGGAAAUCCAAACUCAACGCUUCACCAAAUGGUGGAAAGAUCUGGGUCUUCGAAAGAUAUUAGCGUGGCAGGCUACUAUCCUUGUAUCACAAAUGACUACUGGUUAUGAUGAAAACGUGGUCGGAAGUUUCCAGUCUAUGAAGCCCUGGGUUAAAGAUAUGGGAUAUCCCGACUCGUCUAGACUCGGAUUUAUCACAUCUAUUGUCUUCGUUGGGGGUUUUGUUGGUGCUCUGGUUGCCUCACCUACGGCGGACUACUUCGGACGCCGAGUAGGCAUGUUUGUUGGAUCAACCCUGACGUUUGCGGGAACUAUAACCCAGACAGCUGCACAAAAUGCUGGUAUGUUUAUUGGUGGUCGCUUUUUGAUUGGCUUUGGGAUUAGCUUCACAUGUGUUGCUGGCCCCUCGCUGCUCUUCGAACUGGCUCAUCCGGCAAUGCGUGGCACAGUCUCUUCUUUGUUCAAUGUACUUUGGUACGUAGGCUCUAUCAUUGCGGCAUGGACAACGUUCGGCACGGGAUACAUGUCUACCAGCUGGUCAUGGCGUAUACCGUCGCUCAUACAAGGAGUUCCCGCACUUCUCGUCAUGAUGUCAGUUCUUUGCGGUCUACCCGAAAGUCCGCGAUGGCUUUGUGCAAACCAGCGCGUAGAAGAAGCCCUACAUCUGCUUGUGAAAUAUCAUAGCAACGGCAACUUACACUCGGCUCUUGUGAUCCAUGAGAUGGAAGAGAUACAUAUUUUGUUAGAGGCUGAAGCGGCCGCCCAAAAGAGCGGCCAAAAUAGCUGGAGUGUUCUCUACCGGCCACCAGCAAACAGGAAACGAAUUGCCCUGGGUGUAAUCGCAUACUACUUUAGCCCCAUCUUGACCAGCAUUGGUAUCACCUCUACACCUCAGCAGACCGGCAUCAACGGUGGCUUGCAGGUCUGGAACCCGCUUUUCUCCCUGGCAGGAGCUUUACUGGCGGAUCAAAUCGGCAGACGAACUCUCUGGAUGAUUUCAUUCGUUGGGAUGAUCCUCGCCAACGUUCCAUCGACUAUAUCAUCGGCCAUGUAUGCCCAACAUGGAUACAAAGGAGCCUGA